CACGCCCGCAAAAUGAUUAUCGUAUAAUUAAUUAUCGGUUGCUGUACAUUGUAAAUCAUGUCGACGUAUUCCUCUCGCCUGCGUGUUCGUAAUUAUCACACGUCCCUUAAUUGAUUUUGCCGUUGCGCGAUAACUAGUAGCCACCAUAUAACGCGCAAUGAUCGUCAUGUGAUUUGUGAUAGGCGAGAGAAAUGCACGGCGCAACGAACGAGAUUCCUGGCGCUGUUGAAAGACAUACACAGGCGGAAAGACGCCCGCUCUGGCAUCCUCUAUUUUCAGUGCAUAACGGUAUCGAAAUAGUCGCGUAUGUGUAAAUAGGAUAAAGAGAAACUUUAUUGCCCUUUUCCUUCUCUCUCUUCUCCUCUUCUCUCUCUUACUCUUCCUCUCUCUCUCUCUUUCUCUCUUUCUUACGCGAAAAAAUUAUCGUAAAUAUAAAUACAAGCGCGUAAAAUAGACAUGGAUAGCGUGCAUGCGAUGGACACAUAAAUGUCAAAAAUGAUCGACACUAUGUAAUUCGGUUUUCACUUAAGUUUCACACAUCAUCUCACGAGCUGACAGAAGAAAUCACUAUAAAACCAUUAUUUCACAGGAAAACAUUUCACCUUAAACAUCUCACUUGUAGCAGAAUUCCACUGAGUUUAAGUACGUCCAUCAUACACUUAUUGUGCAAGUCAAAGACACAUUAGCACUAAACAGUCAUCGGCAUCGUGUCAUCCAUGUCUUUCUCCGUAUACUACUCUGUUGCAACUGUCCGCUAAAAGUUACCAUGCGACUCGUUAAUAAUGCAAUACCAAAGUGCUCACUCGAUGGCAAUCCUUCUUUCCAAUCAUCAAACUUCUCAACAAGAUAAAAAAUGUCGACAGCUGCAGGCUUCCCACGCCUUUAUUUCAGCGGUCUCUCGUAUCGUCAUAAAAAAUUCUUUGCAUGCAUGCUGACAAUUCUGCAAUUAUAAAUAUGCGGUAGUAAGGAGGGAAAAACACGAUACAUCGAAAGUGAUGGGUGUUUCUGACGAUGGACAAUACAUUGUGCACGUUUACACGAUCAUAAUUUAUUCGCUUACUCCUUUUACAAAAGCGUUAACAAAACGAUACGCUCCCAUGUGUUCGUCAUUUAUUCUGAUUGCUGAAAUAUUUAUGACGAUGCGCACACAUACAUACAAUGAACUUUAGUCUUUUGAAAAUUUUGUUUUGAGAGAAUAUGUAACGAAUACAGACGACUUUUCCUCGAUAGUGCGAGACAGUAUUCUUUUAAUUCUUAGCAUGCAUCGUUCAAGUGGAUAUAACGAUUUCGAAUGGGCGAUCAAUCUAAAUCGAUUUAUGUUAAAAGUCGUCGGUUUGUGGCCACUAGACAACCGGGACUCGCGUCAAAUUGUAAAACUCAAAUUUCAACGGCUGUGCUGUUUCAUCAUAAUACUUUUCGUAGUCGCGAUACCGAGUUUAAUAUCACUGAUAAGAGUAUGGGGUGACAUGAUACUAAUGAUAGAUAAUAUGCAAUAUUGUCUACCUCUGUCGAUGAUAGUUUUGAAAAUCUGCAUUAUUUGGUACAAACAAGAAGUUUUAGGCCUCCUAAUUGAUAUGGUUGAAGAAGAUUGGGUGAAGGUAAAAAUGAAAGAAGAGCGAAACAUCAUGCUGAAGUGCGCCAGAAUUGCUCGAACGAUUGCUGUGUGUGGAAUGUUUAUGGCAUUUUUUGGAAUAAUCAGUCUGUAUGGUUUACCGUUUUUUAAAAUAACAAAGAGUUGUGUAACUAAUUUAACCGAUUUUGAAAAACAUUUUCCAAUACCAUCGUACUAUCUGCACGAUGUGACCAAGAGUCCACAGUUUGAGCUCACGCUAUUGGCGCAAGCAUUCGCAUCGUCCAUAGGUAGUAUGUCUUACUCUGCAGUCGACAACUUGUUCGGACUAUUAGCUUUUCACGUGUGCGGUCAAUUAGAAAAUUUACAUUUGCGGUUGAAACAUAUGAAGAAGUACCGCAAUUACGAUGAAGUUUUGAAAUAUAACGUCCAAGAUCACAUUCGUUUAAUCAGAUCUAUCAAAAUCAUUGAUGAUAUCUUCAAUUUAAUGCUACUUGGCCUACUACUUUACUUUGCUAUACUAUUUUGUCUGCAAGGAUUUCUCAUAGUUAAUGUUAUUAAGCAGAAAGACCAAUUAUCAGUUUCGCAGUUGGUUUGGUUUGUCGUAGCUACUGUAUCUUUUCUUUUGCACAUGUGUCUUUAUUGUGCCGUUGGUGAAAUUUUAGUAAUACAGGUAAGUGAAAGAAUAGGAUACAUAAACUUUAAUGGGUAA